CUCCGUGCAUCGUUACCGCAGCAGAAGCAGCGGUGGUGUGAUCAUGUGACGCCUGCAUUUCCGACACAACAAUACAGCACCGGACCGGUCUACAUUCACACUCCCUCUCUCCCCCCACGCCUCGCUCUCGGUAUGGCGGACGGCGAGAGGUCCCCGUUACUAUCAGAUCUGGGAGAUGGCGCUCUUGGCAGCGGUAACGGCGGGGUGUCUCCCGGCUCAGCGCCCUACGUGCCCAACAAACCAGAGAGCUUCCCUCCGUUCCCCAGCCCCACUCAGCCCUCAGUGCUCCUAGGGGAGGACCCUCCGCCCUACUCCCCUCUUACCUCCCCAGAGAGCGGCAGUGCUCCUGUAAUCAGCUGCCGGGUGUGUCAGAGCCUGAUCUCUGUGGAGGGAAAGAUCCACCAGCAUGUGGUGAAGUGCGGGGUUUGCAAUGAAGCUACGCCCAUUAAGAAUGCCCCAGCAGGGAAGAAGUACGUUCGCUGCCCCUGCAAUUGCCUGCUCAUCUGCAAAGUCACUUCCCAGAGGAUUGCCUGUCCCAGGCCAUAUUGUAAGAGGAUAAUUAAUCUGGGUCCAGUUCAUCCUGGUCCGGCCAGUCCUGACCCCCAGCCAGCCGGGGCCCGCGUCUCCUGUGGACACUGCAGCAACACCUUCCUGUGGACAGAGUUCACAGACCGGACGCUGGCCCGGUGCCCACACUGCAGGAAAGUCUCCUCCAUUGGCCAGAGGUAUCCCAGGAGGCGAAGCUUGUGGUGUUUUCUACUCUGCUUGCUAUUCAGCGUCUCCACUGCCGGACUGAUGGCUGGAACGUGGGCGAAGGCUCAGACCUACCAGGGGAUCUACGCCUCGUGGGCCGUGCUGCUGCUCCUGGUCCUCGUCACCCUGGCUCGGGCUUUCUACUGGGCCUGCAUGAGGGUCAGCCAGCCCCUCCAGAACUUCACAUAGAGCCCCCUGCAGAUCAUGCCGCACCCUCUUCCCAACCCGCCAGGCAGGAGGAAAGAUGGCUUUAAAGAAAAAUCGAGCAAAACACAAAAAAAACCAGAAUAUUUAUUUAAAUCCAACUCCAGAAAGAAACAGUUCUCCUCCUGUCCCUUUCCUUUUAGUCUGAUGUGUUUCUAAAACUGGAUGGCGGUGGCUGCGACUGCUAUAUAUCUAUCGGUAAUUAUGAUGAUGCGUAUAGCCUAAUGUACUGUUUAUCUGUUCUAAUCUCGUGGCCAGUGUAGGGUUCGUUUUAACAUGAUAACAAUUACAACCAUUUUUCUUCUCGCGCUCCCCCUGCGCCGUUUAUACAUUUUGGAUUGUGGCACAUCUGUUGCACUCUCGCAACUUCUAAGAUGAGGGUUUAAAGUGAAGUCUUAGAUGUGAAUAUUGCCCUUGUUUUUGUAUAGGGGGACACUCCUUCUUCAAUCCUAAUUUGACAUUAGGUUUAGUAUUUGAGCAUUUGACUUUUUUUAAACCGAGAAACAAAUUAUUUUGUGAACGGGGGGCGAUGAAGUCAGAUGAAGCUAUCAAAUCGAUGCCAGUAGAAGAUGAGUGGCCGGAGGGACGUCAGCCUCCUUUUUGUGAAUCACAAGAUCAAGCAGGUUUAGAAAUGUGUCUGAAAAAUUGGAAUUCAGCAGUAUGUGAAGGUGUAGGCUAUGAUGUUUCUGAACUCAAUGUUUAUGCUGAAUUAUCCCCUGGGACUGACUUUGAUCCAAAGCAGCUUGAAAGCCUUAAAAAGGAGGUGUGAUAGAAAGAUUCAACAACACACACACACACAUACAUACACAGCCACAUGAAUGCUUACCGGGACACAACAAAAAGGAUGAUGCUCUUUUUCGAGUUGCAACAGCUCAGAAACCAGUUUGUCAAAGGCAUGCCAGCCUCUCUCUUCAAAGACAGACCUGCAAACAGACUUCCUCUGCACUGUUGUCCUUAUUUCAGGGAGGAAACAGCGACAUGCAUGCGUUACUACAUCUACAGCUUUUUUUUUUUUCUUUCAUCCAAACUAUAGCCAAUAGGUUUAUUUUUUAAAAACUUUUUGUUAUUAAUUUACCCAUUAUACAGAAAUGCCAAAUUCGAUCCCCAAUUGACAUCAUAAACAGCGAAAUGUGGCGUAAUCCUUCCUCCCAUUUUCAAGAGACUGGUUUACUUCAAUACUUACAUAAUAUCUAUAUGGCUUGACCUCGGUCAGUUUUACUCUGGUUGGCUUUCCGAAACAGACCUAAACACAAAGAGCUAUUGGCUUUAACAAUUGUCAAUAUCUGCCACCUUAUACCCACCACACCCUGUGAGCAUAAGGUGUGUUUUGGAAUUGCUUCCUGUUGUUUGAUGUAGGUUUUCAUCCUUGUAAACCUCACUCCAUGUUUGUCUAUAUGAAGAGGAUUUAGAGCUGAAUUGAGGCCUGUUCUGUAUGUUGCUGAGUCUGAAUCUGUGAAAGCUAAGCAACAGUAAGCUAAAUAAAUACAGCAGGUCAGGCUAUUAUAAAAUUAAAAAUGAAAAAUUUUAGAUGUACAUCGAAAUGCGAAAAGCACCAGGUUGCUGAAGUCUGCCAUUGCAUUUGAGACCAUUCAUGGUGAAAAUAUGUCCGUCUUUUGUCAUUGAAGUUGGAGGCUGGUCCUGAGCUCUCUUACGGGUUGGUUCCAGAUGGAGCUUUCACCUUUAAUGCCAGUGGAACAUCUGUAGAAGAGAAAAGCUCUACCUAACUCUAAUGAAGGCUAAUGUCUAUCAGAAUAACAUAAACAUACACUACACCAUACAUUCUCACUUUGUGUAAGUCACUUACUGACUUGUCUGUGGUUCUGAAUGUGGUGACAUUUCUUUUGUUAUGAAUCAUGUAUUUUUGUUUGGAUUGUAAAUAUAUUUGUUGUUUGUGUACAAUGGAGGUGGCUAAGCGAAUUAUGUUGCACUCCGGGUUUAACACUACUGCUGUGAUCGCUGCGGACUUUUUAUUCAUUGUUUUAAAGGUUAUUUUUCACCUAUUACAUAUUUAAUGAUUUGAUGAACUACUAACCUAAUAAGCCUCUGGACACCUGGUCGUGUCCAAAUCUUAACCACAAACUUAUCAACAUAGUCACACCAACAAAACAUGACUGAAUCGCAUUCCCAAGCAGUGACAUUUCUGUAUCUCUCACACUCACGCGGCACACACACACACACCCACCCACCCACCCAGCACCUUAUACAGAAGUGAGAUGUGAUGACGUUACCUUGCUAGACUGAACUGAGGUCGCAGAUGGAAGUCAUGUUAUUUAUUAUGCGCUGCAAAAAAGGCCACAAAUAAGUCAUUUAUCAGGUCCUAAUAUCUUGUUUAUUGUGGAAAAAGUCUGAUAGUGAGGUUAGUUCACUUUGGACCAAGGUUUUUUUUCCAUAUCAAUACAAUGAUCUGCCCGUUUCAAGUUAUGGUCAGUGCUUUAACUUUUAAGACUUUGAUGGAAAUAAGUGUUAAAAAAAAGAUUGUAGGACAGAAUUCAAGAUGACAUGACUUGUUUAAGAAGACCUUUUUGUUGCAGUGGAGUGAUCAUGUUUUAUCCAUGACUGCAAAAUAAAUCAAUCAUGUUAACGCCAAUGACCAAGAACUGGCUGAUGCUCUUUUCAGAGUUUGUUUACACACAAUUAAAGACAUGAUGAUGUACAAAACA